GAUCUAAUCCAGUGAUGGCGGCCGCCGCGGCUUUUGCCUUUCCGGGUAAUUGUUGAUCGAGCCGCGGCUUGGCGCUUGUGGCACCGACGAGGUCCACCGGCCGCCAUAUACAACGAGAAAAAAGCGAGGAGCUCUCUCCGUCUCUUACUCUCAUCUCCCCGCCUUGCAUGGUUCCUACCCCCGCCAACCUACGAUCCCGCUCACCUGGCGUCCUCUAUCCGAUUGCUCAGCUCAUCACACACUAUGGCUCCAAGGUCGUCUCGCGCAUCCUCAACGGUGGCGACGCCUCCGCGCCACCUGACUUGAUUACCCAUACCUUCGCCAAGCGAGAAAAGCAUGAUGCCAAGUUCAUCGUCUUCGCAUGCCUAAUACCCAUCCUCGUCCUGUUGUCUGGUCUGUUUGCUGGGCUGACGCUCGGCUACAUGAGUUUGGACGAGACGCAGUUGCAUAUACUGAGUAUCAGCGGUACUCCCAAACAGAGGGAAUACGCGAGGAAGAUUGAACCAAUUCGCAAGAAUGGCCAUCUUUUACUUGUCACGCUGCUCCUCGCCAACAUGAUCGCCAACGAGACAUUGCCGGUCAUCUCGGAUCCCGUCUUGGGUGGCGGUCCCCUCAGUGUAGUCGCCAGUACAGUGCUCAUUGUCAUCUUUUCGGAAAUUAUUCCGCAGUCACUAUGCACUCGUUACGGACUGGCCAUCGGUGCUCGUAUGGCCUGGUUCGUACGGAUCCUCAUUUGGGGCUUGGGUGUAGUUUCUUGGCCCGUCGCCAAGCUGCUUGAAUUCACCCUGGGUUCUCACCAUGGUAUCAUGUAUCGCCGUGCCGAGUUGAAGGAGCUCAUUGCCAUGCAUGCCACUACUGGCGAGCUUGGAGGCGAUCUCAAAAUGGAUACCGUCGCGAUUAUCGGUGCCACCCUAGAUUUGCAGGAGAAGGUUGUCAGACAGGCCAUGACACCCAUGGACAAGGUGUUCAUGCUCAAUAUUGAUACUAAACUUGACCGUGACACCAUGAAGAGAAUCAGCGAGACAGGUCACUCGCGUAUUCCUGUGUACGAUGAGGUCGACGUGCCUAUCGUCGCUGAAAGUGAAGUGUUCCUGGGAAAGAAGAGUGUUUCGCCGACGCAGAAAGUUAAGAAGAUUGUUGGCAUCCUUCUUGUGAAGCAGUGUCUCAUGCUAGACUCGAGGGAAUCCACGCCUCUCCGGUCCCUGCCGCUCCACCGGGUGUCCUGCGUUCCGAACAACACGUCAUUGCUACAAAUCUUGGAUAAAUUCCAGGAGGGUCGCUCGCACAUGGCUAUCGUGUCACGAUAUAGCGAGGAAAGAGCCGCGAGUAUCAAGCACGAAGUUAAGAAGGGCUUGACGCAGCGUCUGAAGGAGCGUGUCGGGAUCGAUUGCAGCGACAGCGAAUCGGAUUCUGAAACCGAACCCGAGUCUGAGCACGGCGCGGAAGAUAUCGCCAAAGGAAGCUCAGCCGGCAGCACCCGCGAUAGCUUGAAGAAAAAAUGGAAAAAACGUUUCAGGCGCAAGUCAAGUGAUCAGGAUGUCGAGAAGGGAGACAGGAAGGAGGAAGAGGAGAAAUUGGAGGCCCAGGAAGAACAGGAAUACAAGGGUCCGACCUUACCGCAAAGCACCUGGGCUAGGCUAAUGGCACCUGGAAGGGAACAGGCUAUGCCCGACGAUGCCGUACUUCCAAAGAACAACGCAAACGAGUUCUUGCAGGGUUUCGAUGCAUCCGUCGCUCCUCUUGGUAUCAUCACUUUGGAGGACGUUUUGGAAGAGCUCAUUGGUGAGGAGAUCUAUGACGAGUUCGAUUCCGAGGGUCAGGGGCAGCUGAAGACGUAUGUCUCGGCUCGGAAAGAACGACCUCGUGCCCGUGGACGUGCACACUCUGUGCAGAACUCUCCUGUUGUGCCAUCCGAAGGCACUACAACCGUCUCUGUACCCGAUCACGGAACCGAAGAGAGAAAGAUCACCAAAUCUCGCUCUCAGCCCGGCUCGCCUUCGCUGUCCUUCACACGCGCUGACGGACCACUCUCGCGCACGUCAUCCCUGGGACAGUCGCUCAGCGCGCUAGCGAAGCAUCGCGUCAUCCGUACCUCGCCGGUGACCAGCUCUCCGCCUCCAGCCGGGAGCGGUUGGCGAACGCCGCAGGAACGCAGUCAGCAGCGCAAGUCGCGCAGCGAGGGGGAGAUGGUGAACGUUGGCAUGACAGCUUUGUCCGACACACCGGACCGUAUGGCUAGCGUUCAGGAGGUUGAGACUUCCCGUAUACCUGACGCGCAAGAAAAGAGUGGUCCAGACAUACCUCCGUCUCCCGAGGAUGAACAAGGAAAGAAGAAAGAAGAUUCUUGAUUCAUGCCCCCGAACGCUAUUCUAUUGUAUGGUGACAUUCUUCCUAUUUCCAUAGUUGUACUUCUAGUUUUACCUGUUUCACGUCGUGUACUCACGAUAUCUCGCAUGGCACACGACCCGACUAAACCGCGACCGUAACGACUAUGUGUGUCUUUAGCAUGUUCUCUAGGUCUUUUAUUGUUCCCAGUUUUUUCCAAGAGCACAUUAUCGUGAAACAAAGAUGCUCAAGGCCUUUGCCGU